AUGAUCGACAAACAGGAUGGAGGCUCAACGGGACACGGUCUCACGUGCUGGCUGCUGGAUACAAGAUCAAUAUGGCCUGGAGAGAAGAUUACAGAUUCAGAAUCCGCUCGGGAAGCACUCUCGCUCAUCAGCCAGGAAGAACAAGACCUCAUAAAACGCAAAUACCACGUAGCGGAUGCGCGAAUGAGCCUGGGAUCCGCCCUCCUGAAACGUCUUUUUGUUCACAAAACUUUGAACGUCCCUUGGAAAGACAUCCUCUUCGGCCGAAGACGCGAUCCCAAACAUGGAAAACCAAUCGCCCUACUAAUACCACCUCAAUAUGGCCCUGCGCCCGUAGAAUUCAACGUCAGUCAUCAAGCCGGUCUAGUCGCCCUCGUAGGCUGUUCAACCCAUGAACUCGAUGCCGAAGUCGGCGUAGACAUAGUCUGCGUAAACGAGCGGAACGAUUAUCGCGUUGUCGACGAAGAAGGCUUCGACGGCUGGGUAGACAUGUACGCUGAAAUCUUCAGCACAGAAGAGUGUUUCGAUAUCAAGUACAACGUCGAUCCAUUUCCUCUUCUCGAUGGCACAAUGGUCACACAUGAGAUUCUAGGAAGACACGAUCGUUGUUGUCAUCGAAACGAGCAUUUGAGUGUUACGCUACCGAACGGGGAACAGAGGGAGCUCGAUUCGGAUCUACUCAUUGAUGCGAAACUAAGACGGUUUUACACAUUCUGGUGCUUCAAAGAGGCCUAUAUCAAGCUUGAUGGUGAGGCUUUGCUCGCUCAGUGGAUUCCACAAUUAGAAUUUAAACAUGUUCGUGCACCGAGGCCAGGGACUCCGGCCCGGUGUAGUACACACGGUACCUGGGGUGAGAGAUUCAGCGAUGCGGAGGUUUGGUUCUCGAUGAAGGGAGAGGGGAAGGGACCUGCGGGUAUAAGGGGUUUGAAGAAAGGAGAGUCCAGGAGGUUGGAGGAUACAAGGGUAGAAAUUCAAGCUUUUGAGGAGGAUUUCAUGAUUGGGGUUGCGGCUAGGGAGAGGAGGGAUCCUGUGGUUGAUGGGACUAAGAAGAAGCUUCCGGAUGUGUUGACACACUUCAGGGGACUGCAUUUAGAGGAGGAUGUCAUGAGUGUUGCCAGGAGUGCAUGA